CCAAUAGCAAACACUGCCUACAACGUCAUUUUGUACGUGGAGCAUAUAAGCUUUGCUUUUUAACUACAAUGAGUAAAUUCACAGUCACGCAUCACAGCGGAUACGACAAAGUUUACAGCGGUAAAUUUCGAAGUCGACAUGAAUAUAAAUACUUGCAUCAUGAGAGUAAAUUCAUCACGCGAUCAUCCGUUACAGAGAGUCUUAUAGGUGUUACUGACGAUUAUUACUCCGUUACGCUUAACGGUCAAACGUUUAUCUGGGUUCCCAGUGCGCCUCAUUACCUCUCCAAUAGCGAAGUUGGUGUGCAGAUAUGGUCAGAGUUGAAUGAUAUGGGCAAAUUCGCACUUGUUGAUAAUACAACGCUCACUGAGGUAGCCUCAUACGAGAAACAUCAUUAUUUGGACAAUGAAGGCUUCAUCAUUCUCAAAGAUAACCAAAAAGCACAUCGACAUACAUUCAUAGCAGUUCUCUUGGCUCUUAGGCCAUUCGUAGAUUUUGAGGACACUUCUAGCAUCUCCAAGAGGGAAGCAAGGCGUGAGGCGAGACGUCGUUCGAGGAAAUUCACAUCGGAAUAUCAUGGUGGAUAUGAUAAUGGAGGAUCAGGAUUGUUUUAAAUUGUUCACAUGUACGAGUUUUCCGAUUUACUAGUCCAAUGAUAAUACAAGCUCACUAUAGUUCUACUAACUGUUUUGUAUUAUUGUAAAACACCCAAAU